GCCGCACUCACUCUAGCCCCUGAGCACCACGAGAGUUCUCGGAGAAGAGCGGAGGAGCGGCGGCGUCAGGGCCGGAGAUGUCGCACUACAACUUCACGUACGUCCUCAUCGGCGACUCAGGUGUCGGCAAGACAUGCCUGCUGGUGCAGUUCCUCCACAAAGAGUUCCACCCCGUCCUUGAUUUCAACAUCGACAUCGAGUGCGGGGACAAGAUGAUCACCAUCGACAACAAGCCCGCCAAGCUCCUGAUUUGGGACACGCCAGGCCGACACGCAUUCAGAUCGUUCACUACACCACUAUACGACGAGGCUGUCGGUGCUCUCUUGGUUUAUGACAUCACCAGGAGGGAGACUUUUAACCAUCUCACCAACUGGCUACAAGAUGCAAGGAAAUAUGCACACUCUGGCAUGACAAUAAUGCUGAUAGGGAACAAAUGUGAUCUAUCGCACAGCCGUGCCGUGAGCUAUGAGGAAGGCGAGCGGUUCGCAAAGGACCAUGGUCUGCUCUUCAUGGAGGCAUCUGCAAAAACUGCACAGAAUGUUGUCGAGGGUUUCCUUCAGACUGCUGUAGCAAUAUACAAGAAAAUUCAGGAUCCUUCAUCCGUUCUAUAUAAUUAGGUUAGCUGAUUCAAAGUUGGCUACACAGUCCCUAGCAUCAUUAGAGGUGCGGGUGCGUCGUCUUCCAAUGGUUAAUGUAUUGAUGUGCAUAAAAACUUGUCGUAGAUUAUGAUCUAAUGCUAAAUAUUUUAAUAAAUGUAUAAUGUAUCGGAUUCCACAA